CACACCUGCAGGUGUACCUGACGGGCUCACGUGACGCGGCGACUGACGGGCCUUUCCGUUCCUCACGGGCUCAUCAACGGCUCAACCAUUCUCGGAGGCAUUUCGUCGAACGUCUGACUUGCGUCGCGGUGACCGCGCCCCCCAAACCCCCAUAAACCCCAGAGCAGAGAGCACCGCGGAUGCCCUCCCGCUUCCCGUCUGAUGGCCUCGGCGGCGCGAGGUAAAGAGGGCUCCGCCCGUCCCCUCUUUUCCCACUCAGAUGUGGCGGCUCCCUCUGGCGGCGGCGCUCCUCCGACGCUCGCUCGCCGCCACCGCGCGCCUCUCCGCCUCGGGGUAUUUGAUGCGUGCCUGGCUCGCAGAACAGCCCACUGGACGCACUAAUUCACCCAUCACUGUGCAUUGCCUCCAACAGUGUGGUUCAGAUAACACCGUUGAUGAUAGGGUCAGUCAGGCAUUUAAGCGGUGCUGCUCAACCAGUGCAAGUAGUGGUGUUUCAGAUGCAUCACCUUGUGCUUCUUACAUCGAGAACCUCUGCAGAUCUGGCAAUCUUGUUGAUGCUGUUCGUGUUCUUCGACAACUGCAUGACGAGCAGGUCCAUGUCAGCCUGCACACCUUUAAUAUGUUGCUGCAACACACAGCUGAAGCAAACAUCUUUACCCUUUUUGCCAAGGUAUUCAGGUACCUGCUGCUUUCAAAACUUGCUCCUGAUUCAACUUCAUAUAUGAAUGUUGCAAAGGCCCUCCAGAAGUUGGAUGACUGUGAAUUGAUACUCAAAUUUGUAAGGGAACUUUUGGAAAUCACACACCAUAGAGAUCCUACAGUUAUGAAUCGCAUUAUCUUCGCCACAGCUCAAUAUGGACACAUUGAUAAAAGUUUGGUUAUUUUCGAAGAGUUGAAGAAAUAUCAGACCAGCUUGGAUGUCGUCACGUUCAACACUGUUUUGGACAUGCUAGGGAAAGCUGGUCGGGUGGACGAAAUGCUUCAUGAGGUGAAGCUAAUGGAAGAACUUGGGCAUUUUCCUGACAUCGUGACAUACAAUACACUGACGAACUGCCUGCGAAGGCUUGGUAGACUAGAUUUGUGCAAAAGGUUUUUUGGGGAAAUGCUAGAGAGAGGUAUCGCUCCAGAUUUGAGAACAUACACUGCAUUGAUUGAUAGUUUUGGACGGUCUGGCCAUAUUACUGAUGCCCUGGAAAUGUUUCAGAAGAUGAAAAAGUCGCACCAACCUUCAGUUUAUGUGUACCGUGCAUUGAUCAGCAACUUGAAAAAGGCUGGGCAAUUUGAACUAGCAGAAAAGCUCACUGAAGAUAUGAGUUCAAGUGCUUCAGAAUUAAUAGGCCCAGAAGAUUUCAAGCCAAAGAAUAAGGGAAGAAGGUUUAGAAAAAAUGGCUAAGAGGCCAUUGAUUGAUAUUUGAGGCCUGAAUCCUUUUUAUUUGUGCUAUGUGCACAUCUCUAGUCCCAUACUGCUAGAGUUUCUGGAAAUGGUUGAAAUGUUUUGUAGAAUGAAGCUCACAGUAUUAUAGAGAAAUACAAAGCUUUAAGAUGACAGAAGCAUGAUGGUUAGGUAAACAUGCAAUGAUACAGGGUCAAGAGGACCUGCUGACCUGAAUGGGUCAUUUUGGCUGCAUGAUUUUAAGCAGCUCAUGGGUCACGGGAAAUAUUAAGAUUCACCAAAUUAGAAUACCUUGAAGCUGCAUCUGUUACUCAUUAAUCAGCUUUAUGUAACAUGGACACACUGCAGGAUUUGGCUUGAGACAUAGGCGAGUAUCAUGUGAGGCAGAAACAUGUAGAAUUACAGCUUCUGCAAUUAGUUUUUUCUGUGAAUCUUAGGCAUGAAUAGAGACAAGAUUCCUUGUUUUCUCCAUUUCUUUUCCCUUGUAAUCAGAAAGUGUAUAAUGUACUAAUGUUAGUUGAUUGAAUUCAGUUUAUUAUCUUAGCUAUUUGAUCAUCUACC